AUGGCGGUCCCACGGCCGCGAAUAAACCCCAUGUUCCAAAGUAGAUGGACCUGCGCCUCAUGUCUCCUUCGCAGACAAGUCCAAGCCCAAGCCCGCUCGAUAUCUAGCUCCGCGUUCCCCAGCGAAUCUAGAGACCAGCUACCCAAAAACCGCAAUACGGCACAGAGGAGGACCAGCCACCGCAGGUCUUUUCACAGCUCGCGCCCCGCCCUCCACGAACCCGUCGACAGCCAGCACCGACAAGCUGUACCUCUGGGCGACUUCUACACCGAUCUCCUCCAGACGCCGCUCCCCAAGGGGUCCGAGGCGGACACUGCGCUGCCAGUGUGGGUUCCAAAGGGCGACAAGACCAAAGAAGAACGAGCCAAGCAAGUAUUCGGCGCACUCCGGGGAUCGGGCUAUGAGAGACGAUUGCCCGAGACGCCCGAACAUAAAUGGAGAACGAUCAACGGAGUCCCCGUGCCACCGAGACCGCUGGAGCCGGACAACUGCUGCAUGAGCGGCUGUGUACAUUGCGUGUGGGACGACUAUCGGGACGAUCUGGAGUUGUGGGCGGCACGGGUCAAGGAAGCGCAAGCAAAGGCACAAAACAAGAGCACGACGGGAAACCAGCCUAUGAUUCAGAUGCAUCGUCCCGAAGUCCACGAAGCUUCUGCGAGCAUGGACGACGACGGAGGAGGCAGCGAGGCCCUUUGGACUACGCCUGCACCUGGACCUGCGUCGAGUCCCGCCGCGUUGGACGAAGAUAUUCUUUUCCAGGGCAUUCCAGUCGGGAUUCGCGAGUUUAUGGUGACGGAGAAGAAGAUUCGCGAGAGGAAACGAGCUAGAAGGGAGAAGGGGCUGAAAGUCGACGACGAUUAUUGA